AGCCUGGAUUCUGCCCCUUGGCAAGGCUCUCGGUCUGAGUUGCCUGGGUCUUCAUAACUCUGUAAUGUCCCCAGGGAGGCUCGGGGACCAGUUCUACAAGGAAGCCAUCGAGCACUGCCGCAGCUACAACUCGCGGCUCUGCGCAGAGCGCAGCGUGCGCCUCCCCUUCCUGGACUCGCAGACCGGGGUGGCCCAGAACAACUGCUACAUCUGGAUGGAGAAGAGGCACCGCGGCCCAGGCCUCGCCCCGGGCCAGCUGUACACAUACCCUGCCCGCUGCUGGCGUAAGAAGAGACGAUUGCACCCGCCUGAGGAUCCAAAGCUUCGGCUGCUGGAAAUAAAACCUGAAGUGGAGCUGCCCCUGAAGAAGGAUGGCUUCACCUCGGAAAGCACCACCCUGGAAGCCUUGCUGCGGGGUGAGGGUGUGGAGAAGAAGGUGGAUGCCAGAGAGGAGGAAAGCAUGCAGGAAAUACAGAGGGUUUUGGAAAAUGACGAAAAUGUAGAAGAAGGAAAUGAAGAAGAAGAUUUAGAAGAGGAUAUCCCCAAGCGCAAGAACAGGACCAGAGGACGGGCCCGUGGCUCGGCAGGUGGCCGGAGGAGGCACGAUGCUGCCUCUCAGGAAGACCAUGACAAACCUUACGUCUGUGACAUCUGUGGCAAGCGCUACAAGAACCGGCCCGGACUUAGCUACCACUACGCUCACACUCACCUGGCCAGCGAGGAGGGGGAUGAAGCUCAGGACCAGGAGACCCGGUCCCCACCGAACCACAGAAAUGAGAACCACAGACCCCAGAAAGGACCGGAUGGGACAGUCAUUCCCAACAACUACUGUGACUUCUGCUUGGGGGGCUCUAACAUGAACAAGAAGAGUGGGCGGCCUGAAGAGCUGGUGUCCUGUGCAGACUGUGGACGCUCUGGUCACCCAACAUGCCUGCAGUUCACCCUGAACAUGACCGAGGCUGUCAAGACCUACAAGUGGCAGUGCAUAGAGUGCAAAUCUUGCAUCCUCUGCGGAACCUCGGAGAAUGACGACCAGCUCCUCUUCUGCGAUGACUGUGACCGUGGCUAUCACAUGUACUGUUUAAAUCCCCCUGUGGCUGAGCCCCCAGAAGGAAGCUGGAGCUGCCACCUGUGUUGGGAACUGCUCAAAGAGAAAGCCUCAGCCUUCGGCUGCCAAGCCUAGGGCCCCAGGUCCCAGACCAUGACCUGCUGCUGGAGAGGCACAGGCGGAGCCCACUUCAAACCGGAUCAAGCCCCCAUUCCCAAAUAUCCAGAGAGACCAACUGUAAGGAAGACCCGUGGUCACAGAGGGCUUGGACGUGCGGCACUGAGAGGGUGAGGUGUCUGCUUACCUCCUACACACAGGUUCCAGCGUUUCGGCCAGCCCCUCCUCGUUUCCACCGGAAGGAUGUCGCACUUUUGAAGAACACCCCUAGCCCCGGCCCUGUGGGACCCCCUCACGUUGCCCCCGGCCCUGCAGCCCUCUCACUGGUUCCCAUUUUAAGGGAAGCUGUUUUGUGACCACCGAUCGGUCCCUCACGUGUAGUCUGGUGUUUUCUAUCUAUUGUGUUCCAAGAAAUCUUCACACAGCCUCCCACCUCCUGCUUCAGCUCUUUAUCCUGAACUCAGCAAAGGAACAAAAGGCUGUGGAGAAGUUGUUAUUUAUUACAAGCCUCCCUGGAAACUUCCAGACUUGGAGUCAGGAGGCCAUCUUGAUGAUGAAAAUCCCUCUUUGUUCCUCGGUCUCUGUGAAGAAGAAAAGAGGUUUUCUGCCCUCCCCCGACCCCCCAAGCCCCACCCAGAUACCUCGUGAUGUCUACACCCAGGAUGGUCUCUUGACGGGGCUGGAGAGGGAAGGAGAAGUGCUGAGGGGUGGGUGGAAAUGUUGGGAAGAAAAUUCAGAGGCCCUGCCACAGCCAGUCAGUAUUUGUUAUCCAUCCGGGGGGGCUUUGUGGUUCCUUGACCUUCAGAGGUGGGGUGUCCUUGAAGUGAGAUAAGGCACAGCCUGUGGCCGGGGAAGAUGCUAGGGCUCUGCCUCCCCGCCAGCCUGGGUCUGGAAAUUUCCCAGCGGGACUCAAGAACCAGGAAAGUGGGUAAAGACUGCCCAGUCCAGAAUCCGAAUGUUGGCACAAAGGACGCAGCUUUGCAAAACCCGUCAGUAUUGAUGUGGCACCACAAAGUCCUUUCCCCAAGUAAUUUCUUCCUUCUACACGGUGUGUGUUUGCCACUGUCUGCCAACUGUUACCCAACUGCCACUGUCACCCGACUCUGGGGAUUUGAGGAUGGGGUCGAGAUGAUUGUCACCUCAACAAAUAACCAGGGUGGGGGGAUUCUUUAUGAUCACGGCGGCAGUGACGCACACUCCUCAGCUGGAGGGCUGCUCUUGCCCCCUAAGCUCCCCAGUAUGUGCUGGACUCUUGUUUUCCAAAAAAAAGAAAAAAAAAUGUUUUGAGAAGAAAGAGGUGGGAGGCUGAGCUUCUGAGAAGCCUGUGUUGGAAGUCAGCCCUGAGGGCCGGAGCGGCUCAGGCUGUCUUUGAAUCUCAGAGGCAAUGGCCACGGCAGCAGCACACAGUAACUGACACGUUUCUGGAAAAAUCAUUUGCCCAAAGGGCAGGUCUUGGUAAGCGGGACCCUCGCGCAUGCUCCGCUUCCUUGAAAUCAGCUCCAUCUCCGUGGCCCGGCUGCUCCCAACAAAGGCCGAGGUUAUUUUUAGUCCUCCAGCUCCUGAGGAAGGCCCUGGAGACUCAGAGGCUCGUUGGGCCACUUCUGCCCGGCUGUGGGGUUCGCUCCAUGACUUGGCAAGAGCCCCCUCCUAGGCUCACUGCUCUCAGCCAGUGGCCUCAGGGCAGCCUGUCAUGGAGCUGAGUGGGGCUGGUCUCACCCAGGCCCUUGCAGAGCAACCCGUGGGGUCAGUCUCCUGUAGGGGCCCGUGGCCUGCGAGUGAGCUACGUGCAUACAUAACAGGCUGGUUUGAAGGGCCCUGUCCAGAUGGGAUUUUCAUCCUGCUCCUAUGAUACGCCCUUCCCCCUGCUGGCUGGGGAGGCUGCUUUGGAUUCUGGAGGUGCAGGGAGGGUUUGGGGAGCUGCCGUGCCGUCUUAUCAUCUGUUCCCCAGAAGUGUCACAUCAGAGGAGCGGAUGUCCUCUCCCGACUGCUCUGGCUCUCUGUCUUCCCACAAAACCCAAAGUGGGGUGUCCACAAAGGCUGAUUGUUGGUUUUGAAAAUCACUUUGACUUAAUUUUAGAGAAAAAGUUACCAGAAUGUUCCCAAAUGCCACAAUGGCUUAAAGGUUAAAAAAGGAAGUCUGAAACCCCAAAUUGGGGCCCUCCUACUUGACAAACCCUCUUUGGAGGGUGUGCACAUGCGUUCCACAAGGGGGGAUUGAGUCUUGCAAGGGAGGGUGCUGUAACCCACAGUGGGGUCAGGGAGGGAGCUCAGGGCCCUAGAAUGGGUGUUAAGAGGGUCCAGAGUUCCCUUCCCAGUUGCAUUCCCUGUGGGAUCGGUGCAGCCUCUUCCUCUUUGAGGUCUCAGUUUCCCCAUCUGGAAAGUGGGGAUAGCAAGGCCAGCUUAUGGGACGACACUUUCGGGGUACAGCAAGCAGACAAAAUCUCUAGAGUCACAUUUAUCACUUUCUGUAUUGAGACCAAGAAAAUGAUGGUAAACUUCAGAUCGGUCUUUCUCUGACCCCCAGAGAACGAGCUAGAAUCAUGGGGUGCACAUGGAUGAUCAGGGUUUUGGUUUUGCCUUUGCUAUUCAGUAACAAAGUGACCUCGGGCAAGUCACUUAGCGUCUCUGAACCUCAGUUCGCCCCACCUAUAAAACAGAGAUAAUAACCCUUGUCCUGUCUGUUCCACAGUGACACUGGGAGACUGAAAAAGCUUAAUGUUAUAUAAACAACCACUGGAAAGCAGGGCUUUCCAGGGAGGAAUCCCUAAUAUUUCUAUGUCCCCUUCUUGUGUGAAUUAGCCAAGGUUAUCUAACCUUGAAAAGAUAACCUUGAACUUAUAACCAGAAUCUCCCUUUUGACCCAAAUGGGCUUAUGUUUUAGGGGCUGGGCGGCCUGUGGUCAGAGGCAGUAAGCCAAAGCUGCAACAAGGACCCGUGCAUGGGUUUGCUGUUGGUGGGAGGUGAGGAAUCUACCCUGGGGUUGGGGAUUUCAGAAUGAAGAUACUUGGGGCAAUCCCUUCUACAAGAUCAUCACCACCUAGACUGGGGAGCCAACUUCUGGAGAGGACUAUGAUUUAGUUCAGUGUAACAUUCACUUAGAAACUUUGGUGUAAAGCCCAGCUCUGCUACAUUUCUAGCUGGUUGACCUUGGGCAAAUUCUGGGACUCCUUUUCCAUGUCUGUGAGGCAGGGAGAUGUGGCCUGUCCAGCAGGGUUGUUGCCGGGAUGAGCACUAGGGCUGGUGAAGGUCUGGCCCCGGGGCCUGUCCUGAUGGAGGCCCCCACACUUGGGUGUCUCUUGCCACUGGAUAGAGAGGCCACCAAUGGGAGAUAAUGACACUCUUGCUGCCAGCUAGAAUCCCUGGAACAGCCAGGGAGACUUUGCUCUGCACCCCGAUAUUGUGGCUUCACCUGGCCAGAGAGGGGGUGGAUCUGCGCCAGAAGUGGAAACCCUCUUUUUUCGAGACACUUCUUUUUUGCUCCUGCAGCAAAUCCAGUGCUGGCAACCUUGUGAGGCUCUCCAGGCAAGGCCUCUGCUAGGAGAUUGACAUUCUGUUUUCCUUCUGAACCCCACAUGGACGCCUAGCACCUAGAGCAGGAGCCCCAGGGUCCCACGGCACCCCUGUUGCUGUCAGCGCCCCAGGGCCUGGUGGGAAGUCGAGGCAGGCCUCGAGGAGCAGCUGCUUCCUGGGGCUAUGCUCAGAUGUGAGACUGGAACUAGGGUGGUGAGCCGUGGGUGGGUGCAAGGGAGGCCAGAGUCCUCCAGACCUGGAGAAGGUAAUGGGUUGAAAGUUUCGGGCUUAGAUUUCACUGUGAUGGUUUCACGAUACCCUAGAGAGUUCCGCUCGUGGUGCAUUUUAGGCUCUCUUCAUUGAACACAGCAGAAUGAUUCCUUACGGCCCUCCCCUUGAAGAGCUCAGAUCAUUAAGGAAGAAAAAUGAGAUGAUUAUUAUUACUUUUCCUAUUGGGGCAAGUUUAGGAGACAUACCCGUGUUCUUGAAGAAAGAUUACUGGCAACUUCAGCUUUAGAUUCAGAGAAGAGGGGCCUCUGGUUUCCUCACUGGGUCUGUGGUUGGGGGGAGGGCCGAGAGCCCCACGGACCACAUUCCCUGUCCCUAGACUGGUUGUCAAGCUAGGCUACAAGGGGGGGAUAGCAGCCUCCCCUCCUCUCUCACUCCCUGACCAUCCCCAGGACAGGUCCCUCCUCAGGACAUGAGAUGUUGGCUCCCUGGGCCAGAGCUACGCUCAGACACCUAGCGAAGACACCCAGCACGCCACAGCUGGCUCCUUUUCGGAGCUGUGCGUUGGUGUCACCUGUAGUGGGUUCAUUAUUUUGCAGGAGGGAGGGAGGAAGGGGGGCCCAGAGGAAGGAGAGGGGGAACGUCAAAGGUCUUUCGUCUUUCAUGUCAGGCAAAGCAAAAUGAAGAGAAGGUGGGGAGGGCACUUGAGGAGGGCCCGGAAACCUGAUUUGCACUUAGAAGUCCCAGAGUUAAAUAACUAGAGGGUGUGUGGGGGGAGGCAGAGCGCUGCUGACUGCUCGGUGCCUUGAAUGUGGGAGGAUGAGCAGAGCCCCCAGACAGACGCACUGAGGGCUUUCUUUGAGCAUCUCAGCAGCUGCUCCUAGGAAGGCCUGGCUGUGUGGCCCCCUCUCCAUGCUUCCAGCCCAGACUGCUGAGGAGAGAGGCCCAAAGGAAGCACCUCCAGGAAAUGGUGAUGGGGAGGGGUCUGGGCCUUGCCCCAUCCUCCUCCAACUGGCUUCGUAGAAUGAACAGGGGGCUCCCUGUGUGAGGGGAAGGAUCUGGAAGUGGGUGGAUUCCCAGGGAAUGUUCUGUUUGGGCUCUGAGUGAGGCUUGGCUGUGUCUCUGCUGAUGGCUGAGACCUGGCGUGACUCCCCAGGAUCCUAUGCGGCUGUGGGGGGGGGCGUGGAUAACAGGGGUCAGAGGGUAUAGGAAUGCCCCUUAGUCAGUCUCUUUGUUCCCAACUCCUUUCCUUUCUUUGCUCCAGUGCCUUGAAAGAGGGUCAUUCCAGGGUUUCCCCCUCUUUGGCCCCACCAAGAGAAGGAAGCAUUUGUGCUGAUGGUGACAUUUCCCAGGGCAGGCCAGAGGAAGGCAGGAACAGGGACUGGCAGGCAGCCAGAACCCUCUUCGACAGAGAUAUAAAUACCAAUAAUGACCUCUAGCCCAGGCAACGAGCAAAGUGGCCAUUGAGGGCAGCACCGACCCAAUCUGGCACAUAUGUGCACCAUGGGGGGAAGAGGGGAAAGGGAAGUGGUCCCUGCAGGACUUGGGGGAGGCCCCCAAGUCCCUGUGUUUCCCCUCAGCCUCCUCUCCAGGUUAUAUUCACGCCCACUGCAUCCUGUUCCUGCCUCUUUGCAUCUCUGUUAUUUCCAUCAAUGUUACCAAUAUUGAUGAUGAAAAUGGGGACACACACACACACACACAGAGCUUGACAAACUAAAGUGAACCUUCUGCAUUGCUCCAGGAUGAGAGGGAGAACUGCUUGUCACAGGGGGUCUUUCCCUGAGGUGCAGCCAGGCCCACCCCAGGCUCCAGCCCCUGCACACCUCUGGGACUUGUACUGAGAGCCUUAUGCUUGGAGGACCCCUGAUGCACCCUCUCCUCACCCUCUUCCCUCACUUCUGCUUCUUUGGGGGGAAGGUGUUUGGCAAUUAUCGCGAACUUGGAAGCAGAAGUCUCAGUUCUGCUGUCAAAGGGACACGCAGAUUUUAUGGCUGGAAUUGGGAUUGUGGUUCUUAUUGACUUUGCCCUCUCGUGUCCCCCCCCCCCACCUGAGACCUUGGUUCUCCUCUUACUUGGCCCUCCCACUCCUUUCUUGCAGCUGCCCCUCCCUUCCCUCCUGCCACGCUAGAUGCCGAAGGGCGGGACGCUGGCGGGCACGAAAGAAAAAGAAAAUAUACUCCCUGCACAUUUUCAACAUGUAGUGAAGAGGUCUAAAUUGGGUACUUGAGAAAAAAGAAGGAAACGUUGCUAGAUAAUAUGUGAGUGAGAGAAUGAAACUGUAGAAUGGUUAGCUCAGAGCAGAGGAGGUGGGAGCAGGUGGCCAGAGAGGGGGCUAGGGAGGCAGAGAGCCCCAGCUUCCAGAUGCAUCUGGUCCCUGGGACAUUUGGGAAAGCAGGGGAGUCGCGCUGUGGUAGGAAACGGUCAGAGGCUUAGGGAGCGUUUGUGCCUUUGGUUGGGAAAAUGAGAGAAAGGUCCACCUGAGUUCCUCACUGUUUAUCUGCCACGUUGGCCCACAGGGCAUUUUUGUUCUGAAGGAAAAUGAGCACAUUUCUUGCCCUCCAUGAGCGGUUGCUGGGCAGCCUGGUACUCACUGAAACGCUUGGCAGGGCACCCACUACGUGCAGAGCAACACACUAGGUCCCCUGGGGGCUGGGAAAAGAAAUCACAUCCUGGCCCAGCCUUCAGCCUGCUUUUCCAUUCCCAAAUCACAGUCUCCCAUGGCUUUCUGACCGCCUGUCAGGUAACAGAUCAGCCGGGAAGGCCUCCAUGUUUCUAGGUCUCUCCUUUUGCGUUCAUGUGUGCUCCCGGGUAGAAGAGCAGGCUCAGGUAUCUGUUUGUUUCCACCCUCUGGAGGUUGGGUGGGAAGAACACAGUUGACCCCAGCCCAGUUGCUUGUAUCCGUCGGCCCAAGCUCUGGCUGCCUUUGGAAGGCGACCGUCUUUACCAUGCAUUUCAGCAAUGAUGAAGGCACCUGGGUUGGAGUGCUGCCGAGUGGCCCAAGGAAACAGAGGCUGUGCCUCCAAAUGCUGGUUUAGACUCCCGGGGUGGUGGGCAGAGAGGCGUGAUGGGCAGGGCCUGACCAGAGCUGGAAAGUGACUCACCUGACAGUCUUGUCCCAUCGCCACUCGGAAGAGCAGAGUGGGGAAUGGUGGGACGGGGGCGUCAUGCUCAGUCUGGGUGGACUCCCAUGGAGACCCCACCAGCCUGUCUCGGUCUCCUGUGUGGUGCUGGCAAGGGCAGCAGGAGGUGGGCUUGGGGGGAGAGGCUUGGCGUGAGGAGGGGUUUCCAGGAAUCUUCCCACGCCCACCUUGGGCCAGGUGCUCAUGGGAUCACGCCUCAGUAGACUCCCUGUUGUCCGAAUUGACAGCAUCAGGAAUAAGCCAUUUGUUCCAUCUUUUCUCUGCACAUGUGACAGCCAGACUGCAGCUUCUCACUGCUCCCUGAAGCAGUCACACCGAGCUUGCUUUCAAGCGGGGUGCCCGGGCUGGGGUGGGGCAGGUAUCUGCCCCGGGGUGGGUGUUAGUGCCCAGUGGGCCUAAAGCAGCCUUCAGUUUCUCUGCUGGGGAGGCUGCGGGAAGGCCCUUUAGGGUCCCUGGACAGCAUGUGGCUCUGAGCAAGGCAGAAUUUUGCUGAUUUCUGUGAGAGACUCGGGGACAUAAGGCUUUCAUGAUGCUUGGCCGCAGGACUGGUUUUAAAGUAUUUGAGAACCUGAAAUGCAUUCUGGGCUUUGACCCACUGCCCAUGUGAAAGCCUUCGGUUCUUUUGAACUGAGCUUCUUUUGAAUGACCCCGACUGACCUGGUCUCUCAUGCUGGUGACAGAGGGGAGAGUCAUCUGACCUGGGUCCCGUCCAGGCCAGACAGGCAGCACCACUCCCCGGCAGCCGGCUUCAGACUCUGAGCCCACUGGCCCCCUCAGCUCCACAGGGAAGGACCUGGGAGCAGGACAGCUCUGAGUCCCGAGACGGUCUCCCCUCCCACCUCCACCCAAGUAGACUCUCAGGCUGAGAACACAGCCUGCUCAGCCCCCUCCCGGCCUGAUGCUGACCCACUGGACUGAUGAGGAAAUUGACACCGGAAGGAGAGACUGGCCUGUUCACGGGACACGAUGCACUGGGGCAAAAGCCAGUCCUCAGGUAGGUCUGCUCCCCCCACCCCAUGUGUUUAGGCUGAGGGCAGUUUUAAAGCCCAGUUUUGAGAACAUUCCCUUUUGAGAGCCAAGAAAUGGAGCAUCUCUUCCCAGAAGCCAAAAGAAAUUCCUUUUCUUCUUCUAGUUCCCUGAUGCCUCACCUUGUUUCUCCUCAGGUGGAGGCUGGUUCUGGAGGCUCUGGUGAGGGCGGCCAGAGCAUACGAGGCCUGGAGUUGUGGGCUGGCUAGGGUAGAAAGGAUGAAGGGGUCCUUUAGAAGAAGCUGCCUGUCCAGGGGCCUAGUGAGGGAGCUCAUGCCUGUGUAGGUUCCAGGAAGGGUGCGGAAGCCCUUGGGCUGGGCUCAGAGUUGGAGAAGUCUGGGAAGGACUUAGUCUUCCCUGCUCUGUCUCAGCUGGAGAAUAGAUCCUGGGGGCCGUGCAGCCUCGAGAAUUUACUGCCCCCAGAUGGCUUUGGCUGUAUUCAGAAAGGGUAGCCCUGGAAACAUUCCAGCGAUCUCCCAUUGCUAGGUCUCCAUGAUAUCUCUAGACCCGCAGACGCUAUGCCAACUCGGGGUCACUUGCUUCCAGGUGUGGGCACAAGAGAGGGAAACCCUUCCAACAGUAAUCCCCAUCUUUCCAGAGUGCUUUCUUGUCUCGUGUACUCUCUCAGCCCACCCCCACCCCGCCCCAGCUCGCUCUGAAACUCUCAGUCAUAACAGAAUGGCUGAGAGAGCUGGCCUUGGCGAUGGACAUGCUUGUAACGGGGGGGUCUUGCUUUUAUGCCCCCUUGGACUCCCUCCCCAUCGGACCUUGGGUACCACACCAUGUUAACUCCUGCUGACUGGACAACUUAGGGUUUUUGCCUUGAGCGGCUCGGGCACAUUGGACGGUGUCCAGGACGGAGGCUGGCACAGCUUUCAUGAGACUAGAGAGAAGGGCUCCAGGCUUAGGAAGCUGUACAGAAUGGUCUGAAGAUGAGGUCCCCAUUGGUUCCUCUCAAAAGCAACCAGCACAACAGGCAAACAAACAGAGGCCCCCAACCCUGCCCCCAGCUCUGCCCCGCCCCCCCGACUCUUCCAGGUGUGAUGUGAUACACUCUCAGUGUGUAGGUGUGUGCCCCGCUCUGCCCCCGUCUUCUGGGGUGCUCCUUUCUCCCGUGUCAAGUCUCCUUUCUCCCAUGGCUCCCGAAGUGGAGGGUGCUGUGAUGUUUCUGCCCUCUCUGUGGGAUGUAUCACGAGCUCUCGUGUUUCAGUAUGGGAGGUGAGGCCGUGCCCCAUCUCCCACUGUCUGAAGGGGCCACGCGGGUUCUGUGACUUCCCCGAGAGCUGGUGUGCUGUGCAAGUCUCCAGGAGGAUCUCCAGGUUGGAAAGAGCCCACAUCCCAAUUUUUAGGCCCACCUGGAAGCCGAGGCAACUGCUUUGUUCGGGAAGGCUGCCUGGAGGGGCUGCCCAGGACCCAGGACCCCUUCCUCUCUGCCUGCCUUUGCCCCUGUCCUGACUGGGUUCUGGCAGGAGGGCCUUGGAGACGUCAAGACCAGGAGCCAACAUAAUGUAGGCAUCAAGCAGUCUCUGUCUUGGGGAGCCCUGGGCAUCCCAGCCCAUCUGCGGAGCCCUUGCACGCUCACAAGGACUGAGUCAGGGGCCCCGUCCCUUCUUUGCUGUGGUUAGUAUCUUGUUCUGUGGUUGGUUAGCCGUGUUGAUGACCUAUGUAGCAAAUCUCUUUUGUCUGCAAUUUAGAGAAUGUGUAAACAAAUAAAAGGCUUUAAAAUGC